CCAAGAAGGUCGCCGCCGGCACGCCCGAGGACACGGUCCGCAAGAUGUUCGAGUUCCCGGCGCCGACCGACCCGCUCCCGCCUCUGAGCCCCGACGACGCCGUGUCGCUGUACUCGCGGUACCUGUCGCCGUACGAGCGCGACGAGAUCGCCGAGUACCGUCAGGUGUACUUUGUCGGCCCCAACUGCGACAAGAAGCCGGCGACCAAGGAGGUGACGACCAACAACCACGGGUUCGACGACGAGCGCGGCGACUACCUGCUCGUCAUGCACGACCACAUCCAGUUCCGGUACGAGGUCGUCGGCGUCCUCGGCAAAGGCUCGUUCGGCCAGGUCCUCGAGUGCCGCGACCACAAGACGGGCGACAUGGUCGCCGUCAAGAUCAUCCGCAACAAGAAGCGCUUCCACCACCAGGCCCUCGUCGAGAUCAAGGUGCUCGAGAACCUCGUCAAAUGGGACCCGGACGAGAAGCACUUUGUCAUCCGCAUGGUCGAGUCGUUCACGUUCCGCGGCCACCUGUGCAUCGUGACCGAGCUCUUGAGCAUCAACCUGUACGAGCUCGUCAAAGCCAACAGCUUUGCGGGCUUCUCGACCGUCCUCAUCCGCCGGUUCGCCGUCCAGAUCCUCCAGUCGCUCUCGCUCCUGCGGCACCACCGCGUCAUCCACUGCGACCUCAAGCCCGAGAACAUCCUCCUCAAGCACCCGGCCAAGAGCGGCAUCAAGGUCAUCGACUUUGGCAGCAGCUGCUUCGAGAACGAGAAGGUCUAUACGUACAUCCAGUCGCGCUUCUACCGCUCGCCCGAGGUCAUCCUCGGCAGCAACUACACGAUGGCCAUCGACAUCUGGUCUCUCGGCUGCAUCCUCGCCGAGAUGUACACGGGCUACCCGAUCUUCCCUGGCGAGAACGAGCAGGAGCAGCUCGCGUGCAUCAUGGAGAUCAUGGGCGUCCCGGACAAGUACCUCGUCGACCGCAGCUCGCGCAAGCGCCUCUUCUUCGACUCGACUGGUGCGCCUCGUCCCGUCGUCAACUCGAAGGGCCGCCGACGCCGACCAUCCUCGAAGAGCCUCGCCGCCGUCCUCAAGUGCGACGACGACCUCUUCGUCGACUUUAUCGCCAAGUGCCUCGCGUGGGACCCCGAACGUCGCCUCAAGCCCGACCAGGCGAUGCGCCACCCGUUCGUCGCCGGUGCGCGGGCGCACGCCGUCCAGAGCACCAUCCCGUCGCGCUCGUCGCGCUCGUCGUCGGCGCUCACGUCGUCCACGUCGAGCGGCCGCCAGGCGAGCUACGGCGCCGGGUCCGGGUCGUCACCGAGCAUCUCGACGCCGAUGAAGAAGGCGGCGGCGCCCUCGAGCGUGUCGACGGCGCCGACAGCCCGUACGCGCACCAUGUCGUCGGCGACGGCGACGGCGAUCGGAACGUCGCGGUACUCGACCAAGGCGAGCCUCCCUGCGUCGUCGCGCUACGCCAAGGCCUGAACAUGCGCCUGUCGAGCUCGUCGUCGCCGUCCCUCAGCCUUGCCCUCGCCGCAGGUCCUUCUCCUCCUCCUCCUCGUCCCACCCUCUCGCCUGCUCUUGGCCCACCCGCAACCUUCUCCUUCUCGUUACCCCUUUCGCAACCCUCGCAUUCCCUCCCUCGCCUGUCCGAGCCCGUCGUUCUAGGAUCUCUGUCCCCACUUUCCCGCCUCUGUGUGCGCUCCUCGUCGAGCUGCCGGUCCCUCUCACUCUCUCUCUCUUUGUACAACUCUCGCUCGUGCAACCUGGGACUAUGAGCAGGUG